AUGCUGACCAAGUUCGAAAAAGAGCUGGAGUUCGUUCAGUUGCUGUGCAAUCCAUACUAUUUACAAUACCUGUACCAAAAGGGAUACUUCGAGGAUUCCGAAUUCAGAAGAUUUCUUAGAUACCUAGAAUAUUGGAAGGAAAAGCCUUACAGUAAUUUUCUUAUUUAUCCGCAAUCGCUUAUUAUUCUGGAUGCCCUGAAUAACAAUGAAGAGUUUAUAAACAAACUAGACGACGAGAAAAUCCUUGAAUUCGUUGAGGAACAGUUGCGCUUCUACUGGUUACAUAAAAAUCAAUAAUAUUCAUUGCUG